GCGAGAGGAAGUCGCAUAAUGCAAGAACAGUAUAAUAAACCCUAAACGGAAUUACACCUAAACGGAUUCUAACCAAAUUUAUAAAUAUACAAUUACAGCGUUUAUUUGUGUAUUUUGCAGUUGCUAUAUCUGUGCUCGCUGUAGCAUCUGGCUUUUUCGAGAUUCCUGCAAUGUGUUUGCAGUUUUUAAAUUAAAACAAACUUCUGCCUCUUAUGAUAGGGGUGUCGUUUCUGUUUUAUGUAGUUGUCAAAGCGGAAUGAAUGACAAAGACAAAGGCUGAAGUUAAUUCGCCAUCUCACUUUGUCUCGCCAAAGGAUAGGAGACACAGGCACAAAAUGGAAAGCGGGACGGAAAGCGCCGACAGCGGGCAGGCGCAGCCCAAAUUACAGCACCACUUCGAGCAACAGUCGGUAGUGCAGCCCAUCCAAGUGUGCGAGAAGAAAAAGAUAAACCGGGCUCCGUCACCCGCCAGACCCAAGGAUGUGCCUGGAUGGUCCCUCACGAAGAUCCGAGGAGGCAUCGGUACACCAACACUGAGCGUUAAACCCGGAUCCAUACAUUUAGGCAGCCGGGUGUCCAGGCGCAGUCCUGGUAGCGGGAAAGAGACCAAAUCAGAAAAAGGCAAACUGGCUGGAAAAUCCACACUAUCGGUUACCAGUGCUCAGAAAAGCGGCAGUAAAUCGAUGAAAGGUGGCCGUAGGAAGGUGUCGGAUACGAGCAACGCUUCCGACGACCUGAGCAAAGACUCUGGAUGCGCAGCAGGCAAGCUGUCGCCAACUGAUAGCAGCUCAGAGCUCUCUGAUUGCGCCUCGGAUGAGAAUAAACUGUCCCCGGACGCUCUGAGCAGUGACACCGAAUCCAGCAGCCGAGUUGGGGGGCAAGAGGGCGAUAAACUAAUCAGGGACUGCGGAUAUGGGCCACCAAAUAAGGGUACUCGCGAAGUCAAGACCCCCGUGGAUAAGGACCGACUAUCACUGGGAGUGGAGACCGGGGAGGGGAGCAUAUCUCCGGCGGAUGAAAGGUCUCUCACCUCGUUCGACAGCCGAGUGCCUGCCAGCACAUCCCUGGCUUUCUCCGACCUGACAGAAGAGUUAAUGGACGGCAUGCAUGAAGAAUUUGUCCGGGAAAUCGAGGAGUUGAGAUCAGAAAACGAUUACCUGAAAGAUGAGAUGGAGGAGCUCCGCUCAGAGAUGUUGGAGAUGAGGGACAUGUUCAUGGAGGAGGACAUGUACCAACUGCAGGAGCUGAGGCAACAGUUUGAGCAGGCCAACAAGACCUGCCGCAUCCUACAGUACCGCCUUCGCAAGGCCGAGAGACGCAGCCUCCGUGUGGCCCAGACGGGACAGGUAGAUGGGGAGCUUAUCCGUACCCUGGAGCAGGAUGUCAAGGUGGCUAAAGACGUCUCUAUCCGGCUGCACAACGAGUUGGACUCCGUGGAGAAGAAGAGGGGUCGCCUUGAACAUGAGAACGAGGAGCUGAGGGUUAGGCUCCAGGACCUGGAGGUAGCCAAGCAGGUCCUGCAGACGGAGAUGGAGAAGCAACGAGAGAACUCUCUGAAGAAGAGAGCUACUCGGCCAAACAAGCCAGAGAAGAAGCCGUCGGCCCAGGUAACACAGCAGGAGGACAGCUCUGAUCUGAAGUGCCAGCUCCACUUUGCCAAGGAGGAGUCAGCACUCAUGUGCAAGAAAUUGACCAAGAUGGCCAAGGACAGUGAGGCCAUGCGGGAGGAACUGGCCAAGUACCGGUCAGUAUAUGGCGACGUUGAUGCCUCGCUUACAGUGGAGGAAGUCAAUGACUCACCCCACACCCGUGAGGCUGAAGUCAGAGUUCACCUGAAGCUGGUGGAAGAGGAGGCCAACCUGCUGAGCCGGCGCAUUGUGGAGCUGGAGGUGGAGAACCGCGGCCUGCGGGCCGAGAUGGACGACAUGAAAGGCCAGGAACUGCCUCAAGGCCUGGGGGUUGGUGCUGUUGGUCUUGGAGGAGGAGGUCUGGAAAACGUGACGGAGCUCCAGAGGCACCUGCAGUUUGUGGAGGAGGAGGCAGAGCUCCUGCGUCGCUCGCUGCUGGAGAUGGAGGAGCAGAACAAACUGCUGAUGAAUGAGAUUAACCGCUACAAGUCAGAGCUGCCGCUGUCGUCAGAUCCAGACCAGGACGAUGCCUCCUCCAUCUCUCUCCUGGAGGACGUUACUGGCGGUGGGGUUCUGAUCAGCACUGAAGCCUCCCAGGAGGAUAUGCUCCAGGCUGCCAGGAUGCAGAUCGGGGAGCUGAGUGGCAAAGUGAAGAAGCUCCAGUACGAGAACCGUGUGUUGCUGUCCAACCUUCAGCGCUGUGACCUGGCCUCCUACCAUGGCUCCACCAGGCCCACCCUGGAGACCGACGCGGAGGCAGGGGACUCAGCUGAGUGCCUUCCCAGCCAGGCACACCGUGAGGGACCCAUCGGAGGGGAGAACGAGCCCCUAGAGGAGAGGGAGAAGAAGACGUCCAUCCCCUUGGAUGUUGACGUCCCUCUGGGGCUGAAAGCCCUGCUGGCCAUGAGGGACCAGGCCCGUCUCAUCUCUACGGCCAUCCAGUUGCUGACCGCUUCUGACUCCAACUGCCCCUCCCUCUUUCUCUACCGUAAGAUCUCUUCCUCCUCUGGAGAGGCUGCGGAUCCCUGUGUCCCAGAGAAGAGCCAGCAGGCCCAGCCCUCUGAGCUCCAGGACCUGCCCCUGGUGGAGGCUUUGACGGGCAGGCUGCGGGCAUUGCACACCCAGCUCCAGGACUUUGUUGAGCGGGUUGAGAGCCUCGGAACCACCCCCCCACGGAGGGCUCAGGUGGAGGGUGCAUCACCGCUGCCUCUACUGUCCGAGGCUAAGAAUUCUGUGGUGGAUGCAGACUCAGCCUCUCAUCCGUGCCCUCCAGAGGACCAGGCGUGGGAGAUCACUGACGAGCAGAAGCAGCCCGAAUUUAGGGACCAAUCAGAGCGUGAUGUGAAAGGUCAGGAGGAGGAGGAGGGAAACUGCCACACUGACUGCAACAAGAACCACGAAACAACGCAGAUCAGCGAGAUGCAGGCACAGGAGACUGUAUGCGGGACAGAAGAGGAACUGACUAUGGAGAGACAGGCCCACAGAGACCACACCCACAACAACUCUCAGAUCAUAACACAGCUGCAGGAAGAGCACCAGAAGGCCCUAACGCGGAAGGACUUCCAACUGCAGAGCCUAAGUCUGCAGACACGGCUGCAGCAGAAGUUCUGGAGCCAGGAGAGGAACCUGAUGGUGCAGGAGUCCCAGCAGCUCAAGCAGACCCUGCUGCUGCUCAGCCUCAAGCUACGCUGCUUCCUGAAACAGUGGCGACUGGGACGCAAGCUGGACACUGAGGCCAAGGAUGUCCUGGAGGUGAACAGUCUGAAGGACCUGUACCUGCUGUUGGAAGAGGAGAGUCUGGCGUCCCACCCCCAUCAGGGAGAUAACAAGAUGGCUGCCGCAGAGGAGCAUCCCAUUAGCCCUAGCAUCUCCAAGGAGCUCUGCAUGCUGGAGAAAAACUACAAACAGACGGGUUGCGUGAGCAGCACCCUGGCAGACCUGAAGGGAGCACUUCAGGACCUGAGCGGGGAGCUACGAGAGGAGCGUCAGAGCUCCCAGGAACUCACCCAGCAGUUUGCCCGCGCCAAGGCCUCCUGGGAGAUGGAGAGGACCGAACUCAAGGGCCUCAUAAUCCAGCUGGAAAGUAAGUUGGGCAAGGCUGUGCUGGCCGGGGGGGAGAAGGACCUCCAAGGACCUCCUGACCUGAAGGUGGCAAUGAAGAGGGAGUGUGAGGAGCACCAGCACCUCCUGGCUGAAUCGUACGCCGCCGUCAUGGACCUGACCAAGCAGCUGCAGAUGGGAGAGAGGAACUGGAGUCGUGAGAAGAUGGAGCUCCUGGACCACUUCAGUCAGGAGAGGGGACAGUGGGAGCAGAGACUAGAGAGCAAAAUGUCUCUACAUGACAUAACCGCCUCAGAAAGGGAAACCUCAACGUUACAAAUGACAAAUGGAACUAAUUUACCAAGGACCAAAUCUAUCCAAUCCAUGUCAGAGUUGGAGGGUCUGAUGGAGGCCUGUCCUUUCCUUCCGGGUCAGGAAGUCAAUGGUUCAGCCAAUGAGAACCAGACCAACACCCAGGCCUUUCCCCUUCUUGCCCAUACAGACUUGGGUGAUCUAACCAGGAAGAACUGGAAGUACUUGACCAAUGAGAUGGCUCUAACGGAGCAGGCUGACACCCCUUUCAAGACGUGGGACUGUCCCAAUACCCCCAAUAGUUUCUUGGGCCUUGAGAGCAUCCAGAGGAGCUAUACGGCCCCCGAUAAGACUGGCAUCCGUAUCUACUACAGCCCCCCAACCAUGCGCCGCUUGGAGAGCAGGCUUGCCAAGGAGAAUCAGGACAAACCUCAAGCCCAGCAAGGUCACCUUUCCUGGGACUCAACCCCGUCAGACGCUGGGCCCAGGGAGGGGCAGCCUCCCUCCUCCUCCGCAUCCUCACCUUUGUCCUACGACCAGUGGCUGAGCUCUCUGUCCAAGCGGCAUAGGGGCCUCCUGGAGAACGGCAGUGGGGGAGCCGGAGUGGUCCCCUUCCACGGCCUUGAGAUAUCGGCCAACCUCUCAGACGACAUGAAGGAGAUGACCAACUGCGUCCGCCAGGCCAUCCGCUCCAGCUCUCUGGAGAGGAAGUGCAGCAGGGACGUGGGCAGCCAGACGGCCGGGUCAUCCAGCCGCUCCACCCAGACGGCCCAGUUCGUGAGCGUGGGGCUGCAGACAGACGGUCACCGGGGUCUCCACACCAAGUCUUCCUGGUCCCCCCGGGCCUCGUCCUCGCUGGCGUCCGCCCGUUCACGCCACAUCUCUUCAUCGCUGGACAAGGUGCACGGCCGCAUCGACAGGCCCUGCUGCUCGCCCAAGUAUGGCUCCCCCAAGCUGCAGCGCCGCGUCUCGGCCUCCUCCUCCAAGCUGGACGGAGGCGGGUCUUCCUCGGCCUCCUCCCGGGACCGCAGCUUGUGGAAUCUGCACCAGCGCUCCUCGACCUCUAGCGGUUCGGCCUGGGCCCGUUCCACUACCACCAGAGACAGCCCCGUGCUCAGCGGCCUCAACGACGGACUGUCCAGCCUGUUCAGCGUUGUGGAGCACUCAGGCAGCGUGGAGUCCCUGUGGAAGAGUGAGCCAGGGGCCAGCCCUGCCCGACAGGCCGCAGGGAAGCCUUCUGGGCCUGGACCAGAUACCGGAGCCCAGAAAUAUGGCCCCUUCCAGGAGUUCUUCAGAAAUGUGUGCAGCCGGACAGGGACACCUUUAUCUGGAGGACAGAGAGAGGUGGCGGCUAUUGAUGAGCCCAAGCCUGAAUGCCUGUCAGUCAUUCCCUCACUGGUGGGGAACGACAGCGUCACCAAGAUCGUCAACAAGAGGUUCAUGAGACAGAUGCCCAAGGAGGAGCUUGGGUCCACCUCCAGAGACCCUACCACCAGGGACCCCACCUCCAGAGACCCCACCUCCAGAGACCCCGCCAUCAGGGAUCCCACCGCCAGGGAUCUUGGGACCAUGAAUUCCGGCAUAGAGGACUCAGCAUGCGAUUGCACCUCACAGGCUCUGACCUCCUGCUUCGCCCGACCUUCCCGCUCAACUACGCGCCAUUCGCUGGGCAACUGCAUGCACCGCCCCCAGGAAUCUCCCAACAACAUGGAUGAGAGAGUAGAAGCAGGCAAUGACUGAUGGAUCAGUUAGGACCUGGAGCUGCAACACACACACACAUACAAACACACAAGCAUACUGCCUCAUCAACCCACUGCCACGUGGUCUACAGUACUGUCAUGAAAUGUACAAACAAACAUCUUGGCCACACACUCAUGUGCAUACACGCCUGAAAACUGCCACAUAAUGCACUGUUACAUAGAUACUGUGUGUUCUCGCAGUCCCUCACAGACUUCAACACAGGACCAUUGUGUCUCUCAUACACACACAUACACAGGUUUCUAGAAUUGGAAGUCAACCCAAGCAGCACAUUUUAUAAUGUCAUGGAGGAAGAGCAGCAUCACCUAGGAUUUGUCCACCAAAACCACUGCCAGGAGAACACCCCCACUUCACACAUUCUUGGAUAAUGACCUCUUGGGAAUAUUUCCAUUCCCUACUUAACCCUAUGUGACAUGUCAUUUAUGUAUGACACAAUCCUGUAUUUGCUAAAGGUGGUUAAAGGCUUGUAAUCUACCUGCAGUUGCUAGUAUGGUGGUCAGGACUCAUGAUGUCAGUCAUGUGUACUGUAUGUAUAGAAGGAUUUACAUAUAACCUAAACCCAGCUGGAAAGAUAACCUCCUGCCCGAAGAAAUAACAACAACGUCUUGUCCCAUUUUGAGACACAGUACAUUCCUUUGUUAAGUUACAAUUCCAAUGACACACUGGUUAAGUUGUUGAUGCGUGUGUAAAUGUGUGUGUGUGUGGUUAUGUGCGUGUAUGUGCGAAUGAGAAAAAUCUAGAGUGUGUUUCCUGCAUUCCUAUGUAACAAAGGUAGUUGUUGCACUGUGUUUCUACUUCAUUGAUGACUGUCAGGACUGUUUCAUGACCUCUCUUCUCCUGCUUUAAAUGUAGGCACAAUGUCCUCUACAGACAGUUAGCUCCUUACUUUUUUGAGAUACUGUAUGUGUAUUAUAUUUUAUAAAAACAACACCAUUAUCUUAACAAUGGGAUAAACAAAUAAAGCAGUUAUGAAGAAAGUUAUUUGUACCCAAGAUGAAAGAGACUGAGGAAUUGUCUAGUUCAGGGCAACCCCCAGCUCUUUAACCAUCCAACCUUCAGCUCCCAACAAUUUAUGGAUUUUUAUAUUUAAAUAUAAAAUGUUCAAUCAGAAAUAAUAGUAGAUCAAAUACAACAAUCUGUUCCAAAACACAAACAAACCUUUUGUUAGGAAUAUUCAUCUUGCUCAAAACCAACUAAAACCAUAACAAAAGGCAAAUAUAUGCUGUUUCUCAGUACUAAUUGGAAGGCAGGACCAUGUACACGCCUUAGAGCAGGACCAAAGUCUGAUUGUCUGGCUUGCUGAUGGAUAUGUACAUCAUUAAGGCCACUGCAGUAAGUGAACAGCACAACUCCGUUUAGAGCUGGAAGAUAGUGAGUUAAUGUGAGAUUUUCAUUUUACAUUAAACUUUACUAGAGUCCCAUUGCUAUACAUUUACAUUUAAGACAUGUAGCAAAUGUUUUUAUCCAAAGUAACUUACAGCAGUAUGCUUACUUGAUGUACUGGCCCCAAUGAAUUAACCCCAUAAGACUGGUUUUGGAAGCAUAUAGCUAUUGACUGGGGUCUAUUGUUAUAGCAGCCAAGAUAAUGGCCAGAAUUAUCAAUAUCUUUUUUUUCUUUAUUGUAAACAUCAAGUCAAGAAAGAAAGAUCACUUUGUUUCAGUAAAACAGCAUUGAUUACAAAGGCUAAUGCUUAAUAAUUACUCAAUUACUUGUGGGACUUCAUAUGGGUAGUUUUAAUUAAUGACAGGAGAAAAAUAUUUCCUUUGUGGAUAGGUAUAUAAAAAAAGUAAGACUGUCCCUCCUAUUUCAUCAGACAGCCGCUACAUCCAGGUCCCUGCUCUGUGAACCUGAAUGUCCGAUUUGUGGUGAUUUCUGACUGCUAUCAUUGGUGCUGCAUAUAAUAUGGUGCCGGGGUCUACUUUCUUGUGCCUCUUCAUUAAAAUGAAUUGUAAUUUUGUGGGGUGGAAAAUGUGUUCUUCUAGUCAUAAAGGUUGCCUACCCCUAGUAGAUUUAAUUGACUCCUUCCAAUUUGAAUUGUACCUUUAAGGUUUGACAGCUGUCAAUCAGUCUGUUACUAUGGGGACAGUGGUAGCGUUGACUUUGAAGUGCCUGUUAGAUUAGAUCAGCUUGCACCAAACCGCAUGUCCCAACUGAAACCCCAGGCCUCUUCAAUGGAAACAAUGAAUUGUUCUUUUAAACACGAUUACGGUAGGACUGAAAUAGAAUGCUACAUUCUGUCUAUAAGGGAUGCACAGUAUAUUAUGAACAUCACUCAAAAGUAAAACAUCAUCUUAAUAGCAUGGAGAAUGAUCAAAUGCUUUAUGUUCUUUUGAUACCAAGGACCUUUUUUUAAAAUCAUUUUUAUUUGUUUUCCUUUUUUUUAAAAUAAAUGUUUGUAUUUGUUUUUCUCUCAGAUUGCCAUGGUGCUGGACUGAUGCACUGGUGCAUAUUCUGCCCCAUUUUAAAAAGUGCUUUUUACAAGGCUUUUCGUUAUGAGAAUGGGUUCAGCUGUUGCUGUAUUAGCUGUGGCAUACAUAUAGAAUUCUACAAAUUGCUGUUGUGGUCAGUCCCUGGCAGGUGCCUUAAUGAUAAGCAUGUCAAUGUCCUACAAAAAAA